AUGUCGGAUCCUCUCCAAUCUUGCACCAACACAGGCUCUCCACCUUGUACGGAUGACUCACAGUUCACGUUCACCGCAUCGAGCGAGGAGUGGGGCCAUAUCACAAUGCCGCCGGGGUUCAACGGGACGAUGACUUGGACAGAGAGGGUAAACAACAUCGGCUCCAUGAGCUGGACAGGAAGCGGCAUUUAUGUGUACGGAUGGUGGAAUGGGCGCCCGGCCCACCCUAAUGAUCAAGCGCUCUUCGACAUCGACGGCUCGCAAGAACAAAGCAUCACGACUAACACCAGCAGCUUCGUCCUCCAUAGGCCAAACAGGGACGACGGCCCGUCGCAGCUGCUGUACAGCGCGCAAGUUAGCCAAGGGGACCACGUGCUCCACUUCACGAACCAGGGAUCCUUUCUCGGCAUCGACGGCUUCCGGAUCGUCGUGGCGGGCGUAAAUCCCAGCACAACCAGCGAGUCCGGUCCAACCUCUACGUCUUCGGCAGAGACACCCACGAGUACGUCGGACCCGAUCGUGAAGGAAGUGGACACUAGUUCGAGCUCAGUGUUCUCAGAGCACAUGUCGUCGCCCCCACCGUCUUCCUCGACCCCAUUCGCGAUUGAGACUGUAAUAGUCACCAGCGGAUCUCUCGGAGAGCACACCGCCACGGUUACCCUCGUCGGACAAUCGACCCAAACCAUGACCGUCGUUACGUCGGUUGACAAAAACUCGGUUGGGUCUUCGCGCGGACUGAGCUCUGGGGGGGUGAAGGCCAUCGCCGUCGCCGUCGCCGUAGUGGGGACUGCUCUCAUCGCCGGCGUACUGUGGCUUUGCAGGCGAAGGAAAAUGCGACGGCGACUGCUCACGCCCGUACGAUGGGCUGAGUUCGAGUACGAAGACAAGGAGCUCAAGGACGCCAUUCCUGCGUCUGGACAUGAAAACGACGCCGCAGCCGCCGUCAAUACCCUAGCUACCAACGAGUCGGAGGCUACCCUUUCCCGCAACCACGCAAGUAAGGAUGACGCGCCCCAUCCGCAUUCCCAGCCGCAGCAAAUUGCAGCAAAUUCUUCGCCCCGGAAGGCAGAAUCGCGGAGUCCUCCCAGAGCAAACGGAGCGGAGAGAGAGAUGGCAGUGGAUGGCGGAGUGAGACUGGCAGGGGGGCCGAUUGGGGAGAAUUCAGAGCCUGCGGAGGGUAUCUGGUCCACGCUCCCGCCGCCGUACCACAGCUUCAGCGUCCUAUCAAGGAACGGCGCAGUCGCAGCUCGCUUGCUCCAGACUAUCCUCAAUGACCCCUGGUGGACGAUGGUGGAGAUGGAGAUCUUGUACGGCCGUGACAACGGAGGAUUGCAUGUGUCUGUAUUAGCGCCCCACAUGUAUGCCUUGCAUGCCGCCCAAAUGCGGGAUAACUUUCCCAUGUGCCCUCCAUGCCCGACUGCCAACAGCCUGGAAUAG